CCUGGAGGUCUUCAUAAGAGACAGUCCAGCCCUCUGGAACAGUGAGAAAUUUAGGGGCAAUUUUUGGCCAUUUUUUUUUUUAUUUGGGGGAGAUUUUUAUUAUUGAAUAGGAUUGAAAAACAAAGAUGUAGACAGGCAGUGGGGAGGCUGUUUCUUCUUGGUUCUUGUUUUUUGUGAGCCACCGUUGGCAAGGCUGUCCACUCGUGUAGGCAUGGGAACCCGUUAAAGAAAGUGUUGAUUCACUAGAGCGAAGCAGAACUCAGUGGCCUUUGUGUGUGGUGAAUGCUCCCGGAAAGGCAAAGAAGAGCGAGAUUCUCCUGUGGGCUUUCUCAUCUCCAUGGCGGUAGGUGCUGACAGCUUGAGAGAGAACCCGAGGAAGAAGAGACAAAAGGUGCCUCGCUGCGGCGCUCUUACAAGAUGAGAAAGGCCAUGGGGUUUGGACCUAAACUUCAUUAUCCGUAACUAAGAGUAAAGGUAGAAGUAGGGUAAAGGAGUUGAAUCUGAACUACUGUUCCAGUCAGCUCUGUGCUGUCCUGUCCGGGAGGACACCAGGAAGAGGAACGGCCUGGAAGAGAGGAAGCAGCAGGAGCCCAAGGUUUUAACUGGAAACCCAAACCAACAGAAAGCAACUGGCCUUGAACUAUUUCUGCUACCAAACUCACCUGGAUGCCCGCAGGCCGUCGGCAAGAAUGAGCUACUACGGCAGCAGCUACCCCAUCGUGAAUGUGGACCCCAAGUACCCGGGUUACCCCCCGGAGCACAUCAUCGCGGAGAAGAGGCGGGCCCGCCGCCGGCUGCUGCACAAAGACGGCAGCUGCAACGUGUACUUCAAGCACAUCUUCGGGGAGUGGGGCAGCUACGUGGUGGACAUCUUCACCACCCUGGUCGACACCAAGUGGCGCCACAUGUUCGUCAUCUUCUCCUUGUCUUACAUCCUCUCCUGGCUGAUCUUUGGCUCCAUCUUUUGGCUGAUCGCCUUUCACCACGGAGACCUGUUGAAUAACCCAGACAUCACGCCCUGUGUUGACAACGUCCAUUCUUUCACGGGUGCCUUUUUAUUCUCCCUGGAGACCCAGACCACCAUCGGCUAUGGCUACCGCUGUGUCACCGAGGAGUGCUCUGUGGCCGUGCUCACCGUCAUCCUCCAGUCCAUCCUCAGCUGCAUCAUCAAUACCUUCAUCAUCGGAGCGGCCUUGGCCAAGAUGGCAACGGCUCGGAAGAGAGCCCAAACCAUCCGCUUCAGCUACUUCGCCCUCAUCGGCAUGAGAGAUGGGAAGCUCUGCCUCAUGUGGCGGAUCGGGGACUUCCGGCCCAACCACGUGGUGGAAGGCACCGUGCGGGCCCAGCUUCUCCGCUACACAGAAGACAGCGAGGGCCGCAUGACAAUGGCCUUUAAAGACCUCAAGUUGGUCAAUGACCAGAUUAUCCUCGUCACGCCGGUCACCAUUGUUCAUGAAAUCGACCAUGAGAGCCCUCUGUACUCCCUGGACCGGAAGGCAGUGGCCAAGGACAACUUUGAGAUUUUGGUGACAUUCAUCUACACGGGCGAUUCCACGGGGACCUCCCACCAAUCCCGAAGUUCCUACGUCCCCCGGGAGAUUCUCUGGGGUCACAGGUUCAACGAUGUCUUGGAGGUGAAGAGAAAGUACUACAAAGUGAACUGCUUACAGUUCGAGGGGAGCGUGGAGGUCUACGCCCCCUUCUGCAGUGCCAAACAACUGGACUGGAAGGACCAGCAGCUCCACAACAUGGAAAAGGCCCCCGGAGGCCGAGGAUCCGGGCUGUCAGACACCAAGGUCAGGAGAAGGUCAUUUAGUGCCGUCGCCAUUGUCAGCAGCUGCGAAAGCCCCGAGGAGACCCCCAGCUCUGCCCUGGAUGAGUGUAAGGAAGCCCCUUACCAGAAAGCUCUCCUGACUUUAAACAGAAUCUCCGUGGAAUCCCAAAUGUAGUCCCACAUCGUAAUUCCACUCCAUCCUUUUGCUCUCUA